CUUCCUCCAUAAGUAGCCUUCCUACUAUCCUCAUCCCUCACACAACUCUCCUCUUCCUCUCUCUUUCAGAAAAGACCUUUCCGUACUGAAGAAAAAAUGGCGGCAAAAGUAAUGACUGUAAUGGCGGUUAUGGUGGUUGCUGCUCUAACCACAACCACAGUAGAGGCCAGAAUCCCCGGAGUUUACACCGGAGGUCCCUGGGUCAACGCUCACGCCACCUUCUACGGUGAAGCUGAUGCUUCAGGAACUAUGGGUGGUGCGUGCGGGUACGGGAAUUUAUAUAGCCAAGGUUACGGUGUGAACACGGCGGCUUUAAGCACGGCCUUGUUUAACAAUGGUUUGAGCUGUGGUGCUUGCUUUGAGCUCAAGUGUGUCAAUGAUCCAGGCUGGUGUCUUCCCGGGAACCCAUCAAUUCUUAUCACCGCAACUAAUUUCUGUCCACCUAACUUUGCUCAAGCUAGCGACAAUGGUGGUUGGUGUAACCCUCCUCGUGAGCACUUUGAUCUCGCCAUGCCUAUGUUUUUAACCAUCGCUAAGUAUAGGGCCGGUAUCGUCCCCGUCUCUUACCGCAGGGUUCCAUGUAGGAAGAAGGGAGGUAUGAGAUUCACGAUCAAUGGAUCCAAGUACUUCAACUUGGUGCUAGUCACUAACGUAGCCGGAGCCGGAAACGUCCAGAUGGUUAGUGUUAAGGGAAGCAACACAGGUUGGUUAGGUCUUAGCCGCAACUGGGGACAAAACUGGCAAUCAAACGCAAUUCUGGUCGGCCAAUCUCUUUCUUUCCGAGUCAAAACCUCCGAUGGUAGAAGCUCCACCUCCAACAACAUCGUUCCGAGUAACUGGCAAUUUGGUCAGACUUUCUCCGGCAAGAACUUCCGCGUCUGAUUUCUAGAAGAUAAAACAAUAAUCUGCCGAAGAUAUAUUUGAAGUUUUUUUCCCUCUCAUAUAUAUAUAUAUAUUUACGUGUCUUUAAAAUUAGCUAUGAUUUGGAACUGGGGUUUCUACCAUUUUCCCUUAUUUUCUCAGGGAAAGUAUUGGGGUUGCUUGGUUUGGAAGUUAGAUUUUAUUUUAAAACAUUAAGACUUUGUUUUUGUUUUUGGUGUGUUAUGUCUUGUUCGGUUAUGUAGAGAAGGCUGAAGCGGCUUCAAAAAGAAAGGGCUGGGAUAAAGAUAAUUGUAGCCCGCAGCUCUCCUUUACGCUCUGAUUGUAUUUAGUAUAUAUAUGAUACUAAAUUAACUGGCUUCGAAGUUCGCCCUAAACGCUCCCAGGCACGGGGCUCGAGGUACACCGAAUUUCAAUGUCUUCCGGCGCCGGCGACGCGUUUUCCCGCCGGCGCUGGUCUCUCUCGCCGACGCUGUCUUCUGCCUUCAUUCCACUGUUUGCUGCUCACUUCAAAUUUCAGAUGCUACGGAGUCGUAGCCUUUUGCAAACCGAAGAAGGGGAUACCCGACGGAGCCUUUGUCGGAGACAUAAGCUUCGGCUCCUCGUCUUCAAUGUAGUCCUCCCGACGGCUCUUCCUACUUGCUCGGUCUGCUCUCCAGCGAUGAGUCGAGAGGAUUCUCUCGCCACCGUUGUUCUCCGGUUCACGGGAACGUUUCCCGGUGAACUCCACUCUAGCUGUCGACGGAAAAGCUAUACUGUCGACCUUAGCCACGUUCUUCAACUUAUCAUGGAGCUAAGCUCUCAACGCUCAAGCUCUUGCUUUCCAUUUCCGGGAAGUGAGACAGCAAAACUACCGCAUGUCGCUCCUUUCUACUCAUAUGGCUCCAGAGUGCAAGGCAACUCAAGCUCAGAUCUGAAUCUCAUAGGAAGAUCUUCACCUUCCUCUCCUCCUAGUGAGCUGCCAUUUCCCCUUGCGUGCCCCUUCCUCAACGGAGGAUCUGCAUAUCAUCACCGAACGUCUCUCUCUACAUCUGGGUUCGAUGGUCACUCAGCUUGCUCCGGUGAGCUCGUCUCUCCGCCGGUGAGUACCAUCUAUCUCUCAGUCGACGUCUACUGCACCAUCUCCGACCUUCAAUUUCGAUCAACGACGUCUCGAACUUUGCCGGCGACUGCUUCAGAACCAAAGAGAUAUGUACCUAAGUGGGCCUGGCCCAAUUCUUUUCUUGAAGCUAUUAAGGUGAUUACCAAGAACCUAAAGCCCAUAUUUUCAAAUCAAAACAUGCGAUAUAUAGUUGUGGGUAUGGCCUUUUUGGUCAUGUUAAAGAUGUUCGAUGGAUUCUUCGAGAUCAAUAAGCUGAGAUUAUUACAAUAUCAUCUCUUUUGGAAGAAUUUUUAUGUGGGUUCACCAACUCUGGUAUGGGUUUCAUCAUCCUCCUCAAACGAAGAGAGUUUUUCACAACUAUGCCUCCCUUCUAUGAACGGAGAUGCUCUCUCGGAUUCUCUGCUGAGUCCUUGUUUCAACUUACUCACCGGUUUGUUACUUUGCGUAGCGGUCUGUACGGGGCCAGAAAGUGCAAUCGAGACUACUUCGGUUUUUCUCGUUGGUGAGGGUUGUCCUUCAACGUCACUUGUGACUAUUUCUCAGCUAUCCGACUUUGUUGUAGCUUCUUCGACGCAUUCAGACUUUGUUUUGAAUUCGCUGUCAACUUCAUAUGGAGACUUAUCCGGUUUGAUAUCAUUUUCCAUUUUAGUUUAUGAUUUGUCUUCAAGAGGAUGUCUAAUUCCCUCUUUCCUUUGUAGUCCUUGAAGUUAAGUUUUAAUGAAAGUUGUGUUUCAAAAAAAAAAAAAUAUGAUACUAAACUUGGAUUUUCCGUUUAUAUAAAUAAAUGAUUGGCUAUUCAUUUUGAUACCA